CAGGGUACUGAAAUGCAAGGUAACAAUACAGCUUAGCCUCACAUGCACACAGGCUGUGCCGGCACUUCUCCCCUGCAGAAUAAGAAAACUUUGCAAGACCAUUGACUGAGAACAAGUGGUCGAAUGGGAUCGGAUGCAACAACCAUGUGUCGAUAGAGGGAAAAACAACUUCCCGUUAAGCCAUCAUCUGAGUUUCUGGUCUUUGGAUUUGGCACAUUCAGUUGUGUAACCUGUUGCACUGCUUUUAAUUCUUGGGAUUAUAAUCAUUAUCAGAGACCCAACAAGCUGUGAUAAAAGUUAAAGCUGGUACAUACAGUGUUUGUAGCCUUGUCAACUGUUUGGACUGAUUGAGGAGGUGGCACCAACUAAGGAGUGUUCCUGUUGCUAGAAGGUGGGAUGACUGCAGAGAACCAACAGUCUCCUACUAGGGCCACUGCUGCAGGUGCUGGUUUGCAACAGACCAUUGGUUUUACCAUGCCUGUGGUAAAAGUAGAGAGAGAUCCAGCCCCUGAAACAAGCAUGUCCAAUAGUGGGUCUGAGGUAGAGGACACCACUAAGGGAAGGAGAAGAAAGAGACCCCUCCAGAAAGGGAAGCCUCCAUAUAGCUAUAUCGCUCUUAUAGCUAUGUCCAUUGCCAACUCUGCUGACCGUAAGUUAACAUUAGGGGGAAUCUACAAGUUUAUUACUGAGAGGUUCCCUUUUUACAGGGACAACUCCAAAAAGUGGCAGAACUCGAUUAGGCACAAUCUUACACUAAAUGACUGCUUCAUUAAGAUCCCCAGAGAGCCAGGCAGGCCUGGUAAAGGAAACUACUGGGCCCUGGACCCCAAUUCCGAAGAUAUGUUUGACAGUGGCAGUUUCUUGAGACGAAGGAAGAGAUUCAAGAGAACUGACUUAACCACUUAUCCAGCCUACAUACAUGACACCAGCAUGUUUUCACCCCUGCAGGUGGCAAGAGCAACUUAUCCCAGCACAGUGUAUCCCAAUAUGACAAUGAGCCCCAGCUACAGUCAGCAAAUAUCCCCGCACUCAUCAGUGUACUAUCCAUCAUCUUCUCCUGCCUUCAGCUCUGCCCAGCCACGGGUGUUCAGCAUCAACACCCUAAUAGGGCACAGUGGGUCUGAACAUGCACAGCCACUCAACCGAUCCAUCAGCCCAGAAGUCAAUUCAACUUCUUCCAGCUCCUGCAACUACGGAGGGUCCACCUACAGUAGCCAAGCUGGUAGUGCCGCCAUGCUGCCUAGGUCUACCAAUCCAGUACCUUACUCUUACUCAGUCCCCAACAGUCACUUGCAGAUGAACCAGAGCACUUACGCACAUAGUAAUGCUCAACUGUUUGGCAAUACCAGUCGGCUGCCCAUGCCAACAUCUCCUCCAAUGAACAGUGACACUGUGGACUUCUAUGGGAGGAUGUCACCUGGGCAGUAUACCUCCUUGACUAGCUACAAUAGCAAUGGGCAAUUGGGUGGCACCAAUGCUUACCUGCGCCAUGCUACAUAUUCUGGGAACAUGGAAAGGUUUGUGCCUGCUGUUUGAUGCAGGGUUUUAUGCUUGAAUUCGAACUGCAAAAGUUAUUAACACACCAUGUUAAUUUCAAUUAGCAUGUAUCAGGGAUGCUAUCACUCUGCCAGAAAAGGUAUAUUCUUUACUGUGUAAUGAGAAUGAGAGAGCCAGUACAAGAGAACAGGACAGUCUGGCAUGGGAAGUCACAUUGAACAUGGUCUGCUGAUUGCAACCUUAGCUAGGCAACCAUGUAAAGGCAAGAUACCAUUCUCUUACAGUCAUAUUGAUUCAUUAGCCUUUAUUUUUCCCUAUGGGAUUACAAGAUAAAUAUUUUUGUACUAUGCAGCAAUUAUACAUUAUAUAUUUUAACAGCUUUAACAAUGUUUAACUUUUUCAUGACCUUUAUGAGUCUUUUUUUUAUACAAUUUUCAUAUAAGUAUGAUGAUUGAAAAUGUUUUAUUGAGGUUGAUAUGAAACCAAAAAAAAGAAAAAAGAGCAGACAGUGAACGAAUAAUAAAUGUUUACGAGCCAAACUGGAAUUUGGAAUCAAGUUUUCAAUGCAAGAAAAUAAUGAUCAGGAAAUCAUACUGAUUUAAAACAUUGCACUUAUUUUGUAAUGGGAAAGUUCCUUCCUUUUAUCGUUGCUCUUUAAAGUAAAAAUCCAUUUUUGUAUGUAUGUGGUAUAAUUAUGAGAAAUUGCUAAAUAUAUCCAAAUGUAUAGAGAAAAGAUUCUUCAAUACACGUAUUAGCUGUGUGUUAAAUAGCACAGCUGUAGUCUUACAGUAUCUAAUAGUUUCUGUCUUAAGCAUGAAGAAAUAAAAUAAAAACUUGCCUUGCGACUACAAUAUGAUCUAUUGUUGGAGAAAUGUGAAGAGCUGCAACUGUUUCCUUAAUGAUGUGACAGCCCAACUCCUUUCAUAGCACUGCCACCAAGCUCUUUCACUAAGUUACUGCUACUGAAAUGUUGAGUACAAUGAAUUUAAUAAAAGCCGCUUCUUAUCUCCAACUGUGGCUCUUCAGACAGAUGAGUUACUGCAUAUCUAAACCACAAUUUAUAAUGGGGCCUGUAUUGUGCUGCCAUGUUUUAUUUCACAGCUGACAUAUAGGUUUGCAUUAAACAUUGUUGAUUUCUCCAUGUAAAGUAAUCAGUGUCUAGACACAUCAAGAUUAUUGCUGUUUCCCAUCGGUGCUAUUAAAUAAAAUAGUAAGGUAAAUAUAGCAGAAUGUAUAAACAACUUUGGGAGGAUAAGUAAAUAUUAAGGUGUCUGAGAUGAAAUACAGGGGUCCUAAAAGACAUGAAAUGAGGAAAUCUAAUGCUGUAUGGUCUUUAUGCUGUAGUUGGAGAAGGUGUUUAAACAACAACAACCCAAACAGUUAUAGGAUGUAUAAUGCAGAAUGCUUGUGACCUGGGGUGUUCUAGACUAAGGGGUCUUUCCAUAGUGACUAAUAUUUACCAAACACAUUUAAACAGUUUAAUAAAAAACAAUAAUGCAAUUGUUUUGCAAUCAACUUUUGUAUUCAGUUAACAUCAGGAACAAGGAGUUGCCUUGUUACUAUGGUGGAAAAGGACACCAGUUAUAAUUAUUUAUUGUUUAUAUAAAGAUACCCCCAUGGAAAAAGUAAUUUACGGUUUUCUUAGCUUUCUAGAGACAACAUGAAAAGUUUUCACUCUGCAUAAAAGCACCAGUUCUACUGUCAAAAGAACCUUUUUAUGAUAAAAAUAUUAGGAAGUUCACGGAGCCCUUCGUGGAGUCUCCAAUCCAUUACAAAAUCAUCAGUGUUAGCAAUUCAGUGUCCUGCAAAUUAUGUAAAAUUGAACAUAUAUGUGGCGCUUACCUCCCAGUUUCUACAAUCAGAUACAAUAUGCUCUAAAACCAUCAGUUCAUGUUUCUGUACUUGAAAAAAAAAAGUCUGGUCAGAAAAUAUUGAAAAAAGUGAACGAUAACAAAAAGAUUUUUAUGUCUAAUCUUCAUAUGUGUUACCCUGAAUAAAUUAUGCAUUAUACUAAAUAAAUAAUGUAUGUCUCAGAAAGAUGUUUUAGAAAUAUGUUAAUGGAAAUGAGCUAUUUAUAAAAACGAUUUCAGAUGUUGGGCAGUAAAACGAAUGUUAUUACUGUUCCAGGUGUGACAUAAUGAGCGAUAUGGAUUGCAGAGAAUUGCAAUAUUGUGACUCUAACAAAGUAUUAUAUAAUGCAGAGCCUAGGCACAGUUUAUUAUUAUUAUUUCUUAGGCAUCUCUAACAGUCUAUGCCUUGUGGUCAGCAUGUAGACUCUACUUCUUCUGCAAUGGGUUUACUAUUUAAUUUAUCUGCUAUAAAAAUAUCAAGUUCCUCAGUGGGCUGGAAAUAUUACAAGAAAAUGUAUGAAAACAAUAGAAAACAUUUUUCCCUUCCAGUUACAAAAAAGUAUAUUAGCCAUAGUUUUAUGCCAAAGAAGAAAAGUGGGCAAAUACAUGUGAUCAUACCGUUCCAUCAUAUGUAUGAUAUUUCACUUUGAUGGGAAACUUUAUUAACAGGGUUUUUUUUUAACAGUUGUAAAGCUAUAAUUUCUGAAUUAUAAUGGUGAAAUGGCAGAAUCAGAAAAUCAGAUUGCUUUGUUUUGAUAUUUGUCAUAUGAUUGUAGCGUUUUUAAUGAGACAAAUAUGUGUUUUAUAUUUUUGGACUUUUUAAAGUAAAAGCUUUAUGUGACUUUGUAUUUUCAUUUUGAUAUUAAAAAUAUAAAUACA